AUGGCAAAAGGCCCUCAAGGCUUCUCGGACGGUGACGACAAGAAAGGCGCCAAUCUCUUCAAGACACGAUGCGCCCAAUGUCACAACCUGAAGGAGGAGGAGGGCAACAAAAUCGGACCCAACCUCCACGGCUUGUUCGGACGCAAGACUGGUCAGGUGGAGGGCUUCUCGUAUACGGAUGCGAAUAAGCACAAGGCAAUUGAGUGGAAGGAAGACACUCUGUUCGAGUACCUAGAGAACCCUAAGAAAUACAUCCCAGGUACCAAGAUGGCUUUCGGUGGUCUCAAGAAGGCCAAGGACAGGAAUGACCUGAUCACCCAUCUUCGCAACGCCACCAAGUAG